CACGGCCAGAGCACAGAGAGAUAUCAGGUAUUGAUGUAACUGGAGUGAAAAAGGGAACCUUCUUAAUGAGCACAGACAUUGAACCCUGUUAUCAGCAUGAACUCAUAUGUGUUAGACAAACACGUCAAUAAUUCAUAUCUAUCCAUCACUACAGUCUUAGACACCAAUGACUAUUCACAAACAUUGGGGAUAUCACAGCAGAUAUUUAGAGAAGAUGGUGAAUUGACCGGAACUGGGCAGCAAUCACUAUGUACAGAGAGUAAUUUAGUCAUCAAACAAGAGGACAACAUUUAUGCCUUAUCUAGUGAAAUUAUUAUCCCUAAGGAUAAACCACACACAUUUACUGAGUUUUCAAAACAUAUUAAAAAAGGGAAAAGUCUACAGUCUAGCCAAAUUAUUCAUACAAAGGAGAAACCUUUCAAAUCUACAGAAUGUGAGAAAAGCUUUAGAUGGAAGUCUCAUCUACUAGAACACUACAAAAUUUACACAGGUGAGAAACCACACACUUGUACUGAGUGUGGCAAAUGUUUUACACAAAUGGAACAUCUGAAAACUCAUGAAAGUAGUCACAAAGGAGAAAAGUCAUUCACAUGUACAGAGUGUGGAAAAAGUUUUAAACAAAUAAGUAAUCUGAAAACUCAUGAAAGGAUUCACACAGGGGAAAAGCCAUUCACGUGUACAGAGUGUGGGAAAAGUUUUAUACAAAUGAGUGGUCUGAAAUAUCAUGAAAGGACUCACACAGGGGUAAAGUCGUUCACAUGUACAGAGUGUGGAAAAAGUUUUAUACAAAAGAGUCAUCUGAAAUAUCAUGAAAGGAUUCACACAGAAGAGCCUAUCGCAUGUACAGAGUGUGGAAAAAGUUUUACAGAAAAGUGUAAUCUGAAACAGCAUGAAAGGGUUCACACAGGAGAAAAGCCUUACACAUGUACAGAUUGUGGAAAAAGUUUUACAAAAAAGUGUAAUCUGAAACAGCAUGAGAGGAUUCACACAGGAGAAAAGCCUUUCACAUGUACAGAGUGUGGAAAAAGUUUUACACUAAAGAGUAGUCUGAAAUAUCAUGAAAGGAGUCACACAGGAGAAAAGCCUUUCACGUGUACAGAGUGUGGAAUAAGUUUUAUACAAUUGAGUAGUCUGAAAUAUCAUGAAAGGAUUCACACAGGAGAAAAGCCUUUCACAUGUACAGAGUGUGGAAAAAGUUUUACAGAAAAGUGUAAUCUGAAACAGCAUGAAAGGAUUCACACAGGAGAAAAGCCUUACACAUGUACAGAUUGUGGAAAAAGUUUUACAGAAAAGUGGAAUCUGAAACAGCAUGAAAGGAUUCACACAGGAGAAAAGCCUUUCACGUGUACAGAGUGUGGAAUAAGUUUUAUACAAUUGAGUAGUCUGAAAUAUCAUGAAAGGAUUCACACAGGAGAAAAGCCUUUCAUAUGUACAGAGUGUGGAAAAAGUUUUACACUAAAGAGUAGUCUGAAAUAUCAUGAAAGGAUUCACAAGGGAAGAAACCUUUCACAUGUUUAGAAAGUGGAAAAAAGGUUUUUAUUGAAAUCAGGUAUUACAAAACUACGCUAAAUAUUUACACACAAACGUUAUAAACGCAGUGUACAAACCUUUUUAUAGUUAUCCAAAAGAGGACAAACUCUAAAUGGAAGCAUCGAAAUGGAUCCUAUUGUAAAUAAUACUUUCUAAAUCCCAGUUAUAAAAGCCCCGGAUUGGAAGUGCUCUCCUGCUGUUCUUUGUUCCUCUAUAUAUGUGCACCUCAGUUUCUCUCAUAUCAAUGGGAUAGAAUCCAAACACCACACAGGAAUAUACAACUCUGUCCCCAUACUGACCAGUUUACAGAACCAUUCACCACCAAAGCACACCCAGUGUUGUUUAUUAAUAUGCCAGUGUUAGGAGUUGUACAUUUUGUUUUACAUAGGGGAGAAAAUAAUUACAUUUACAGAAUAAAGAGUCUUUAUAUGAAUAGAGUGUUAUAAAAUUAUAUAAACAAGAACAUCAGUCUCAAAUGAUUGACAUCUGGGAGAUAUAUUUAAUGUACACAUCAUGUGGAUAAACCUUUUCUUAUAGCAAUAGAUGCUUAGCAUUGUACAUUUUAUUUACCAGAGGAAUUACUGAGGGGAUUCUUGUGACGGAUACCCCGGCUACCCCGACUGGGCAGCUCUGCCAAAUGGGUCCUUCCUCUGCCUGGAACAGGCUGCUAUGUAGCCCAGGAAAGUGAUUUUAGCUGGAGCCCCCCCAAAUAACUAGACAUACUUGCAUUCAGGUGAAACAGGAACAGACUUUAUUGGAAAACACACACUCCUUUAUACACAAAGCUCAUCUUGAUAAUACACUGGACAAUCCCACAAUUUUCCCGCAAUUCCCGCCCCUCCAGACAGACCGGAGCCUCCAUAGCAGCCAUAGUCCCACAGAAUCCCAGGACCCAGUGGUGACGGUUUUAGUCCCCAGAUGCCACAGUCCAAAAGCCGCGUGAUUUGUUACUGGGGACUGGAGAUACAGCCCAUUGAAGUUAUGGGGGUAGGGGUGUCCAAAACUCCAGUUCCCAAAGGAGCUCCCCUCCAGCAAUUACCCCCACCUUUUGUCCUCCCCAUGGGCCACCAAUCCCCAAAAGAGCAGAGAUCUGAGGCACAUGGUUGCUGGAGCGACCAGGUGUAAAGUUAGUGGGUGUCCUGCUGUUCUGUGGCCGACCGGGAGUUCCAGGAGCCCAGCCAGUCUAGGAGGGUUUUCCUGGUCAUAUACCAGCUCUUCUCUUGACAAAUUUAGAACACAAAACAAGCAACCAAAAGCUUCCAGAGAUUGUGGUUGCUCUGAGGAGCCCAAAACCACUGAGAAACAACAGGGAUGAGGUUGUAGGGGGGUGGGGGGUAAUUGUUCAACCCCUGCAGCCCAUUAUCCAUGACAACUGCCCACUUUCAGUUCGGCAGAACUGGCUUGAUCCACACACGGGUCUGCCUGGGGAUGUCCGAGGAGUUUAUGCCACUUCAGUCCGCUGGGAAAGUCCAUCAGCAUUCCCAUUGCUCUUUCCCGGUCGGUACGGAAUGUCAAAAUUAAAUGGCUGCUGGGCUAGGCUCCACUUCAACAGUCUCCCGUUGUCCCCGGAAACUCGGUGGAGGCAUACAAGGGGAUUAUGGUCAGUGAGGACAGUGAAGGGUCUUCCAUAUAGGUAGGGCUGCAACUUCAUCAAAGCCCAUACCAGCGCCAGACACUCUUUCUCGACCGCUGCGUAGCCUACUUUCCGGGGUAGCAGUUUUCGACUGAUGUAGGCGACGGGGUGGUCCUGUCCUUCCUUGUCCGCCUAGCUUAGUAUGGCCCCCAACUUGAACAUAGAGGCAUCUGUGUGGAUAGAAAAGCAUUUGGCUGGCUUAGCGGCCAGUACUGGAGCAGAGAUUAAGGCAGACUUAAGACUCUGGAAGGAUUUUUCACACUCGGAGGACCACAGGACCUGUCGGGGAAGUCGUUUACGGGUCAGGUCAGUCAGUUUUGUCGAGGGUGCUGUAAUUGGGGAAAAACCUCCGGUAGUAGCCUGCAGUACCCAGAAAGGCAAGGACUUGGGUUUUGGUCCUGGGAGUGGGCCAGUUAGCCACUGCCUCAGCCUUGGCCGUUUCGGGUCGCUGCUUAUCGCAGCCGACUUGGUGGCCCAAGUAUUGAACCUCUGAGCGCCCAAUGUUUCACUUACCUGGCUUCAAGGUUAGGCCGGCAGUUUGAAGACGAUCUUAAGAUGAUGCCUAGGUGGACCAGAUGGUCUUACCAGGUCUCGCUAUAGAUGGCGAUGUCAUCCAGGUAUGCACCGGCACAGUCCUGGAGGCCAACAGGCAGUCUACCAUUCUUUGGCAAGUGGCUGGAGCGUUCUUCAUUCCAAACGGCAUCACUUUUAACUGGUAUAAGCCAAAAGGAGUGAUGAAGGCGGACUUGGGGAUGGAUUCAGGGUCGAGGGAGAUUUGACAAUAACCCUUGCAUAGGUUGAGGGUGGUCAGGAAGUGGCCCCGGGCGAUUCGAUCUAACAGGUCAUCUACUCGGGUCAUGGGAUAGGCGUCAAUGGUGGUUCUGUCAUUGAGUCUACGAUAGUCAAUGCAGAACUGGGUAGUUUCAUCCUUUUUGGGCACUAGCACUACCGGGUAGGCCCAGGGACUGUUGGACGGUUCAAUGACACCGAGGUCCAACAUUCCCUGGAGCUCCCGGUGCAUACUUUCCCUGAUGGCCUCUGGGAUCCUGUAGCCAGCCUGUAGCAGGGGAGUCUGGUCUGGGGUCUCCACCCGGUGGAUGGCUGUGGUGGUAAACCUAGGGACAGUAGAGAGCAUGUCCCUUCUCUGUUCCAGAAGUCGCCGGACCUGCCUUUUCUGUCCGGAUUCUAACCUGUUGUCUAGGGAUAUGUCAUCUACCCCCUGGGGGGCGUCGGUAGGUCCGGGAAGCUCCGGCAUUGGAAGACUUUAAGAGUCCUCCACUGCUGGCGCACAGAUAGCGGCCACAUCCCUGGGUCUUUCUAUGUAUGCCUUGAACAUGUUCACAUGAAAGGUCUGACGGAUCCUUUCAUCUGAACAGUUCGCUACCAUGUAUGUAGUGUUGUUAAGUUGUUCCACAACCUGGUAAGGUCCUUGCCAAAAGGCCUGUAGCUUGUCUGUUUUGACAGACUUCAGGGCAAGGACCUUCUGUCCCACUAUCAGGGUUCGGGUACGACAUUGCGAUCAUACCAUCGCUUCUGUUUGUGUUGAGAGGCUUGAAGGUUCUCGUGGACCUGGGCAGCCAGGUCCUGCAGCCGGUCCCUGAGCUAGAGUACGUACCCCAUGACAGAGUGCUCUUCACCCUCCUGUGGCUCCCUCCCAGUGGGCUCGUACCAAAUCUAGCGGGCCCCUAACCUUUUGACCCUACAGUAGCUCAAAAGGGGAAAAGCCUGUGGAUUCCUGAGGCACCUCUCAAUAUGCAUAGAGGAGGUGCGGCAGGAAUCUUUCCCAGUCCUUGAGAGUGGCCGAGAACAUCCAAAGCAGUUGCUUUAGGGUCCCAUUAAACCUCUCACAUAGCCCAUUGGUCUGGGGAUGGUAAGGGGUGCUGUGCAGGGAUUUAAACCCGCACAACUUCCAGAGUUGUUGAGUGAUUUCCCCAGUGAACUGUGUUCCCUGAUCGGAAACUACUUCCCAAGGGAAGCCUACCCUGGUGAAUAUCCGGAGCAUCGCAUCUGCUAUGGUCUCCGCCUGGAUAUUGGUCAAGGGGAUUGCCUCUGGGUACCGGGUUGCAUAGUCUACUACUGUAAGGAUGUAUUUCUUCCCUGAGGGGCUGGGCCAAGCUAAUGGCCCCACAAUGUCUACUGCAACUCGGCUAAAGGGUUCAUCAAUAAUUGGCAGAGGAUGGAGGGGGGCUUUCAUAUGGUCUCCCGUCUUUCCUACCUUCUGGCAAACCUCACAGGAUUUAAAGUAUUCCUUAAUAUCGGCUGUAAUGCCUGGACAUAAGAAGGUUUAAGUCAAGCAGUGGUGCGUCCUUUGCUUUCCUAAGUGGCUGGUUAAGGGAAUGUCAUGCCCUAUUUUCAGCAGGUUGUACCGAAACUUUUUCGGUACGACCAGCUGGCAUUUGGGCACCGGUCCUUUUCUACUCUUGGAGAUCCGGUACAGGAGCUCUCCCUCCCACUGGAACCCUUCGUCUCUGGGGUUCCGGGGCGUCAGCACCUACUCGGUCUCGGUAAGGGGCCAGGGUCGGGUCACUCAAGGUCUCUUUGGCGAAGUCGAAAGGAGUUGCCCAAGAGGUGGUGUCAGCAAGUUCGGCGUUAGUAGGGAUGGGCAGUUGGGGUAAGGUAGGAGUCGGGGCAGUGGGUCUUACCUGGGGCUCCAGAGUUGAUGAGGUGGCUUGGCAUCUGGCCUGCUGGCGGGUAGUCACUGGGCAGGUGUCCGGAGGGGUAUCCCCCACAAAGGUGGUGACAAGUUGGCCGAGGUCAUUUCCCAGCAGGACCUCAGCAGGGAUAUGUUGCAUAAACCCUACUUCUACAUUGUGGGAGUCAGUUUUCCAGUCCAAAUGGACCCAGGCUGUAGGGACCCUCAGAACAGCACCUCCCACUACCCCUACAGCAAGGGUCCACCCAGUGCGACCAGAGAGGCGAACGAAGUGAGGCUGAAUCAAAGAAACGGUGGCCCCAGUAUCCCUCAUUCCUUGAGCCACCUGCCCGUUGACCCAUACAUCUUGCCGAUGUUGCUGGCGGUUGUCUUGGUCCACUGAAUUGACGUGGUGCAAGACACCCACUUCUUCUUCUGGCCACUUAGCAUAAGAGUCAGAGCUCGCUGUAUGGGUACAAUGGGCAGCGGCCUGGUAGGUGCGGGCUUGAGGAGUUCCCCACUGAGUUGAGGCGGGGUUCCUUGGCGGAUGGGCUGGGGGGUUUCUUUGUCUUGUGGUGCAGUUCUGUACAAUAUGGCCGGGGGUGUCCACACCCAUAACACCCCCGGGGAUUGCUGCCUCCGGAUGGGUAGACAGAGGGCGACCGGGUCUGGUGCUGCCGAGAAGCUGUUGGGGGUCGAGCUGGGGCUGGAGUGGAGUGGGUUGCUGGCUGGAGGUCCUUGGCCACCUGGUGUCGGACAUCCACAUACUGAUCGGCCAGGGCGGUGGCUUGGUCAGCUGUUCUAGGUCCCUUGUCUUUUACCCAGUCCUUUAUCUCCGGUGGAGUGUGGUUAUAGAACUGCUCCAGGAGGAUGAGUUGAACAGCUUUGUCUAGGGUGGUGAUGUGGCACCCAGUAACCCAGGAGUUCAAGGACCGAGCUAAGCGGUGGGCAAACUCGGUAUAAGGCUGUUCCUUUUCCCUUUGUAGCCCCAUGAAUCUUAGCCGGUGAGCCUCCGGUGUGAGUCCAUACCGGGUAAGGAUGCACUCCUUCACCCGGUCAUAGUUGUCUUGAUCUCUGGAGGGAACAGUGUGGAAAGCCUCGAGGGCACUACUGGACAGUUUGCCAAUUAGGAUAGUAACCCUAUCGGCAUUGGUGACCCCAUACAUCUGGCACUGGGUCUCGAACAGCUGUAGGUAGCGGUCAAUAUCCUUGCUCUCAUCAUCCUGGAAGGCUCCGAAAGCCCCGUGAGGUAGUUGCUUGGGCCGGGAAGGGGGGUCCAGGGGAUCCAGCAUGACGCUCCCCCCUAGACUUCUGAAGCUCCAACAUGUGUAUCUUGGUAGCUUCAGUCACUAUCCGAGUAAUGAUCUCCUCGGGGGGGUUAAAUCCAUAGAGAGCCAGUUGCCACUGUAUCUGCCGCUCAAGGUCGGACCCUGUAGUCCCCUGAGUGGAGGCUGUACUGGGCCAUCCCCAGCUAUGGUCGCUGUCUGACCCACCAGCCUGCUCGCUAGCCCGAUCGUCCUCCAUCAGUUCAGCUAGGAGCACUGCCUUUGUCUUGUUGCCAGCGACUUUCUCUCUAGCCUGCAGCAAAGUUCUUAAUUCUUCCUUCCGGAGCCUGUGGUACUGCUCCAUCCGGCAAGAUCUUCUGUUGGUGGUUUGGACGUUCCAGGUAGACGGAAGCAUCCCACCACUGCCAACCAAUGUGACAGAUACCCUGGCCACCCCGACUGGGCAGCUCCACAAAACGGAUCCUUCCCCUGCCUGGAACAGUCUGCUAUGUAGCCCAGGAAAGUGAUUUAAGCUGAAGCCCACCCAAAUAACUAGACAUACUAGCAUUCAGGUGAAACAGGAACAGACUUUAUUGGAAAACACACUCCUUUUAUACACAAAGCUCAUCUUGAUAAUACACUGGACAAUCCCGCAAUUCCCUCCCCUCCAGACAGGCUGGCGCCUCCAAAGCAGCCAUAGUCCCACAGAAUCCCAGAACCCAGUGGUGACGGUUUUGGGGUGAUUCCGGGGGACCGGCGGCACUUCCAGGGUGUCAUUUAAAAGUGCUCGGUCCCCAGAUGCCACAAUCCACAAAGUGGCAUGAUUCGUUACUGGGGACCAGAGAUCCAGCCCGUUGAAUUUAUGGGAGUAGGGGUGUCUAAAACCCCCGGUUCCCAAAGGAGCUCCCCUCCGGCAAUUCCCCCACCCCUUGAACUCCCCAUGGGCCACCAAUCCCCAAAAGAGUGGAGCUCUGAGGCACAUGGUUGCUGGAGCAACCAGGGGUAAAGUUAGUGGGUGUCCUGCAGUUCUGUGGCCGACGGGAGUUUCAGGAGACCGGCCAGCCUGAGAGGGGUUAGGAGGGUGUCCAUUUUGAGGUGGCCGACUGGGAGUUCCAGGAGCCCGGCCAGCCUAGGAGGGUUUUCCUGGUCAUACACCAGCUCUUCUCUUGACAAGUUUAAAACACAAAACAAGCAACCAAAAGCUUCCAGAGAUUGUGGUUGCUCUGAGGAGCCCAAAACUACUGAGAAACAACAGGGGCGAGGUGGGGGGAGUUAAGGGUUCAAGCCCUGCAGCCCAGUAUCCGUGACAAUACUGAUUUUAUUUAAUGAGACACAAUAUCAGUAACUGGUACAUACGUGAUCAUAAUCAGUUUAAUUUAAAUGGCUACUAUAACCUACAUGUAUACUGGGUAUGUAAUAUGUGUGUCAUGUGAUCAUAAUCAGUUUAAUUUAAAUGGCUACUAUAACCUACAUGUAUACUGGGUAUGUAAUAUGUGUGUCAUGUGAUCAUAAUCGGUUUAAUUUAAAUGGCUACUAUAACCUUCAUGUAUACUGGGUAUAUAAUAUGUGUGUCAUGUGAUCAUAAUCAGUUUAAUUUAAAUGGCUACUAUAACCUACAUGUAUACUGGGUAUGUAAUAUGUGUGUCAUGUUCUGUAACUUGAUAUUAUGUUAGAUGUUUUCAUGUUAGUUAGAAGCCGCAAGAACUGAUAAUAGCACAUACUGUAUAUAUAAAGGGAACAUUAUAUGUCUGAUAAAUCCUUUUGUAUCAAGAGCACAAGUGUUAGGUAUAUUUAUACCAUUGUGUGCAUAUAUCAUGUAAUGCUGCUUUUUACUAUAUAAUGAUAUACAAUGUUUUUUCAUGCAAAUAAAAAGUGAUUGUAAUCCA